UCCAGGGACGGGGUCAUCCUCCCUAGAUUGACAGGGGCGGGGUCAGCUCCGGUAGAUGAUUGGUUGAUGCUGUGGAAGAUUUUUUUUUUUUUCCCCUCAUGCUCUAUUCUAUGGCACGAACACCCUGACGUCCCGGGUGGGACAGGAAGGGCAAGUGUUCGAGUGUUCCCGGAAGGGUGAUCUUUAUUUAUCCUAUUCUUUGAUAAAAGGGUAGGAGUCCAUCUUUGGUCGAAAGAGGAAGCAGCGAAUACCAGAGGAUGGGCAGCAGUUUGAGUGAUGGUUGGACCCUGGGACACUGUGAUCAGGGAGAAGCAGCCAGGAUGAGGAGCCUUAAAUGUCAGACCAAGGAGCCAGGCUUUAACUAGAAGCAAGGAAGGAGCAGUAGAAAGGGAGACUUGCAGGAGAGAAUGACUUCUUUAGUGACUAGGUCUGAGACCAGGGAUAUCUGCCAGAAUGAUAAAGAAAGGGCCUGGCCUGCCUGUUCCAGAAUGGCCUCGGGCCGGGACCCGGCCUCAACUUACAGUCCGACUACCCUGAGCCCCCAGUUAGUCCAGGCAUCCGCCCAGGGCUACCUCCCUUGUAUGGGGCCUCGCGACAACUCUCAGCUGAGGCCUCCAGAGGCAGAGUCUCUUUCGAAGACCCCCAAGAGGAGGAAGAAGAGAUACCUACGGCAUGACAAGCCCCCCUACACCUACUUGGCCAUGAUCGCCUUGGUAAUUCAGGCCGCACCCUUCCGCAGGCUGAAACUGGCUCAGAUUAUCCGUCAGGUCCAGGCAGUGUUCCCCUUCUUCAGGGACGACUAUGAGGGCUGGAAGGACUCCAUCCGCCACAACCUUUCCUCUAACCGGUGCUUCCGUAAGGUGCCCAAGGACCCUGCAAAGCCCCAGGCCAAAGGCAACUUCUGGGCGGUGGACGUGAGCCUUAUUCCUGCAGAGGCGCUGCGCCUUCAGAACACUGCGCUGUGCCGUCGAUGGCAGAACCGGGAUACACACAGAGCUUUCGCCAAGGACCUGAGCCCCUACGUGCUCCACGGCCAGCCUUAUCAGCCACCCAGUCCCCCGCCACCAUCUAGGGAGGGUUUCAGCAUCAAGUCCCUGCUAGGGGACCCUGGGGAAGAAUCCACAUGGCCCCAGCAUCCUGGGUUAGCUGGACAGAACACCCCAGCUCAGGCAGGCACCUUGUCAAAGGGGGAAGAAGGGGCAGGCACGGGACCCUCUAAGAACUCUGAUAAACCUCUGUGGCCCCUCUGCUCCCUUCCUGGGCCCACAAGAACAGAGGGAGAAAGUUCCCAAGGGGAAGUCAUCAGGCCUUCUCCCGUCUCCUCAGAUCAGGGCUCCUGGCCCCUUCAUUUACUUCAGGAAUCUGCAGAUUCCUUGGGAAUGUCCAGGAGGGGGAGCAGAGCUUCCUUGUGGGGACAGCUACCCACUUCUUAUUUGCCCAUCUAUACGCCCAAUGUAGUAAUGCCCUUGGCCACAUUACCGACCACCUCCUGUCCCCAGUGCCCAUCUUCAGCCAGCCCAGCCUACUGGGGCGUGGGCACUGAAUCCCACAGGUCCCAGGACCUGCUCUGUGAUCUAGACUCCUUCUUUCAAGGAGUGCCACCCAACAAGAGCAUCUAUGAUGUGUGGGUCAGCCACCCCAGGGACCUGGCAGCUCCUGCCCCAGGCUGGCUCCUUUCCUGGUACAGCAUGUAAUAUUCUAGGGCAGAAAGGGCUGUUUCUCUCUGUCACCUAUGAAUAUCAUUUUGAUGAGGCAGAGCUAGGAGCAUGUUCACAGCAACAACUUUAAAACACCAGGCAUAGCCUUGCUGAAAACCCAAGCUUUAAUUAGGUUACUUCAGAAAGGGUUCUGUCUCUGUUAGAUAGGAAGGUCUGGCCACUCAUGCCUUUAACACUCACAUGCAGGGAGCAGGGCUCAGCCUGGAUAGUGCCUCCUCUUGAUCCUACCUUCUCAGGCCCUCAAGCCAUCCAUCUAUCCAUCCCUCUGUCACCGUGACUUCCUGGCUCCAGGCUGGGGGAGGGAGAGCCAAAAGUGGGUCCAAUCUGAAGUCUUGCCCUCUCUCAACUGCCUGGGUAGAGGGUAGCACCUUUCAGGGAAAGGAUUAAGAAAUGCAAGACUGGACCGUACAUGAUUUUGGUGUGAUGGAAGUAGGAGAGCGAUUUAACAGUAAAGGAAUUUACAACA